GAGGCGGAGAGACUCCGUGACGUUUCCCUAAGAACAGGCCUGCAGAGUGCUGCCCGCCGCCCUGCCCUCAUCGGAGAUGGCGGCUCUGCGGACGCUCUAGCCGGUGCCUCUCGAAUGCCUAGAUCCCCGGAGGGGGCGGCGGCCUCGCCACUGGCUCUGAGGCGGCCGCGGCACCGGUCGCACGGGACGCAGGUUCCGCCAGAGCUCGUUGUGGCCUUCGGCACGAGGAGGGUGGGGGUCUCGGGCCGCCCCCCUCCUGCGCCGGGUUGCUCGGCGCCCUCCGCAGCCGGACCCCCGGGCCUCGCAGCCGCCUCAGUCGGAACCGUUCCCGCCGCAGCCCCUCGCGGGGCGGCUGUAACUGCGCCGCGGGCCGGACGAUGCCCAAAAAGCUGCUGCUGCUGCCCCCGCUCUCCGUGUCCUCGGCUUUCCGCGCCCCGCGAGCCAGCCCCGCCGCACGCCCGGCCAUGAACGCCGCCCGCACCGGCUACCGAGUCUUCUCGGCCAACUCCACGGCCGCCUGCACCGAGCUGGCCAAGCGCAUCACCGAGCGUCUUGGUGCUGAAUUGGGGAAGUCUGUGGUAUAUCAAGAGACCAAUGGAGAAACAAGAGUUGAAAUAAAAGAAUCUGUUCGUGGCCAAGAUAUUUUCAUUAUACAGACCAUACCCAGAGAUGUGAACACAGCUGUGAUGGAGUUGCUGAUCAUGGCUUACGCACUGAAAACUGCCUGUGCCAGGAAUAUCAUCGGAGUCAUCCCGUAUUUCCCCUACAGCAAGCAGAGCAAGAUGAGGAAGAGGGGCUCCAUCGUGUGCAAGCUCCUGGCGUCUAUGCUGGCGAAAGCUGGUUUAACUCACAUUAUCACUAUGGAUCUUCAUCAAAAGGAAAUACAAGGCUUUUUCAGCUUUCCCGUGGACAACCUUAGAGCCUCACCUUUCCUGCUUCAGUAUAUCCAGGAAGAAGUUCCAAAUUACAGAAAUGCAGUCAUUGUAGCUAAGUCUCCUGAUGCUGCAAAAAGGGCCCAGUCGUAUGCUGAGAGACUCCGCCUGGGCUUAGCCGUGAUCCAUGGAGAAGCUCAGUGUGCAGAGCUGGACAUGGAUGAUGGUCGUCAUUCUCCCCCAAUGGUCAAAAAUGCUACUGUCCACCCGGGCCUGGAGUUGCCGUUGAUGAUGGCCAAAGAGAAACCACCAAUAACUGUAGUCGGAGAUGUUGGAGGGAGCAUCGCAAUCAUAGUGGAUGACAUUAUUGAUGACGUGGAAAGUUUUGUUGCCGCUGCUGAGAUCCUGAAAGAGAGAGGCGCUUACAAGAUCUAUGUCAUGGCCACUCAUGGCAUCCUAUCUGCAGAGGCCCCCCGCCUGAUUGAGGAGUCUUCCAUUGAUGAGGUGGUGGUGACGAAUACUGUCCCUCACGAGGUGCAGAAGCUGCAGUGUCCCAAGAUAAAGACUGUGGAUAUCAGUCUGAUUCUUUCUGAAGCAAUUCGGAGAAUCCACAAUGGAGAAUCCAUGGCGUACCUUUUCCGAAACAUCACUGUGGAUGACUAGCUUUCAUGGUUGCCUUGACCUUGGAACUCCUAAGGAAAACAUGUAAAAAGCAGUGCCAUCAAUUAUGUACACAGUGUUUCCUUUCCAGGGAGUCAGAUAGUCUCUUGCCAAGUCUGGCAGGUAGGAGGCAUUAAGAUAGUCAAGAGGGAGACAAAGCUAAUCCAUAAAUGGCCUUAAAUGUCUGCCCUCACCAUCUGUUCCUUAAACAAGUUACAGACACUUUCCUGAAAAGAAUCUGAAAAUCGUUUGAUACUAAAAAGGAGUUAAAGGCAGAUAAAGUUUUAACUCUACAUACAAUGUUCAUUCAGUUUCAGCUGCAGGUAAAUGUGUGUGUGAAUGUUGAACUUGGUUAGGGAAGCUGAGUGCCCUGGCACUGUAUCCAUUCCAGUUGUCCUCUCCUUAGUCAGCUUCAUGUAAAUCUUUUCUAAAGAACCAUAUUUUUCUCUGAGAAACUGCUGUGCCUAUCACCACUGAACGAUGAAGCAUUUAUAGCGUUGCUCCCUAGCAAGGAAGCCAGACUAGAGAAUAACACGCUCCCCCCAGGUGUCUGCGAUGCUCUUAAAGUACAAAUAAAAGAAUUUGUCGUCUU